AUGCUUAAGGAGGUCAAAGCUCCACAGAAAGUGAUGUGGAAUCAAACAGUCAAGAAAGCAUUCUGGGUGGAUUCAGGUGCUGGAAUCGAUUCUCAGAUCCAUUCUGUACUGUCCACGUUCAAGCCCUCAGGCCCUCCUCUUCCCAGGUUGACAGUGAGUCCUGCAGUCAUCAGAGAGCUAGACUCAGUUCAGCUGAGCUGUGUGACUCCUCCAUCCGUCUCCGUGUCUCACUGUUAUCUCUUCACUGAGAAGCGAGACUAUAAACCAUCCUGUCGGCAGACACUCACAGGGACUGAGCUCCUCUCGUGGUCAGAUCAACGUUCACCUGCUGUGGUCAACGUGAGAUGUUACUACUACGCUGUAGGGAGUUAUAACCCAUCCUCUCACAGUGAUCCUGUCUCGGUCACUGUCGAAGGUAAACUGCAGAAACCAGACAUUAGUGUCAAUGACGAAUCUUCUCAUGACAUCACCAUUCUUUGUGUACUUCCUGAGUCUGUCAGUGAUGGUCAUAGCUGUAACCUGUACACUGGAGACCAGCCUCAGGCCUACAAAGAGGCUUGGGUCAGGAGAUUUAACGCAACAUUAUCCAAACUAUUCUGUACCUUCCGUGUCACUAAGAAUGAUCUGUUCAGGCAUCUGCAGUUGGAGAGAGAUGUGAGCUGUGACUAUAGAGUGAACACAGGAUCACACUCUCUGUCUCCCCGCAGUGAUAAAUACAUUAUUACAGGUCAGAAACCAAAUAUUACAGUUAGUCUGAAAGAGAACCUCAUCACCUGUUUAAUUCCUGGCUCUGUCAGUAAUGACACCACCUGUAACCUGUAUGUUGGAGAGCAGAGUAAGAGUCUUUUUAGAGCACACGUCAGGAAGAAGAAACACAACGAUUCCAAAUGCUGGUUCUGUCAAUUCUCUGUGGACGAGAAUGAUCUUAUUAGAAGUCUACAGUUAGUGAGGCGUAAGGAGGUGAGCUGUGACUACAGCGUGAGCUCAGGACCAAACUCUCUCUCACCACGCAGUGAUGGGUACAGCUUUACAGUUUCGACUGUUACUUCUACUUUGACCCCAGACACCCCAGUGAGAUCAACUACCAGUUUGACCUCUCCUUUGACCCCCAGCACUGCAGUAAAUCCUACAUCAGGUGUGUUGGUCAUCUUUCUCUAG